AUGGUUGUACAAGAAGUUAGAAAGAGAUUGAAGAAUAGUAAUUGUUUCUAUUCCUCUCCCACCAUCUUCGCCGCCACACCUGUCGUCGUGUUUUUUCACGCGAAAGACGAAUCCUACCUAAGCGCAACCAUCCCAAAACGCAUUAGUGUAUUCGAGGCGAUUCAGGAGGAGCAACAGACUCGCCGCCUAUCACUGUCAUCAGAUCCGAUCAAGGUAACGCUCCCCGACAGAAAAGUGAAGGAAGGAAAGAAAUGGCAGAAAACUCUGUUUGAUGUGGCUCGUGAAAUCUCUAAGAAUUUGGCCAAUAAUGCUCUUAUUUAUAAGGUUAACGGAUUGCUAUGGGAUAUGAAUCGUCCUCUUGAAGAGGAUUCGUUGCUUCAGAUGUUUAAGUUUGAUGAUGAUGAAGGACGUGACACUUUCUGGAAUUCUAGUGCUCACAUUCUUGGACAGCCUCUUGAGACAGAGUAUGAAUGCAAGCUCUGCAUUGGACCUUGUACUACCAGAGAAGAGGGUUUCUACUAUACGCUUUUACGGUGA